GCUAUCAGGAGUUAGCUUGUAGCUGGGGCGAAGCAGCUAACCUGCUACUGACCGGUUGUUUUAUAGAUUAACAACCUUAAUAAUUAUGUCUUUUAAAAGGGAAGGCGAUGACAAGAGUCAGCUGAAUAUUCUGAAGAAACGGCGUGUGGCAGACCUUCUGUCUAACUUUAUCCCAGAGGAUGAGGCUGCUCUUAUGAAAAAUGGAAGAUACACCUGCCUCGUGUGCUCCUACCGCCCUGUGUUUGAUACAGUUGACAUGCUGACAGUCCACAGGAAGGGGAAGAGACAUCUGGAAGGACUUAAAGGAUUCUAUGGCAAGAAAGCACGACUGAAGAAUGAAAUAACCAAAAGACAACAUGAGAACUUCAUCCAGACUGAAGACAGUCGACAGGAGCCCUCCAGUUCAGCUCCUCUACUGGCCCAAACACGGAGGCUCACCCAUCAUGCUUUACUCAAGACUGUACCGUACAACAGCUGUCACAGAAAAACCAGUACGAAAUCUGAAAAAGGAGCAGCGAGCACCAGUUCAGAUCCUAGCGGCGACAAAAUGCCUUCUGCAUAUUGGAAACCUGAAGCCUCGCACAGUUUAUCUUCAAGCAGUUCCAGUGACUGUAAAACAGCCAAUGAAGAGUCGCUUCCAUCAGAAGACACGACCGAGGCUGCAGUGACGCAGAAGGAAGAACCGAUGACGGCCGAGCGGAAGAGAGAGCUGGAGCAUUACCUCAAACUAAAGAGUGACGGGUGGUUGCGAGACCCGAGCGGACGGUGGAUUAAAGAUGAAAACGUGGAGUUUGAUUCAGAUGAGGAGGAGCCGGCGUCGCUUGUUCCUCCUCCUACGAGCCACUGAGCGGACUGAAAACUCAAAAAACUUUGUACCACAGUGGUACGUUUAGAAACGACGCAGCUGCUUGAAACAGCCAGAAGCCGACAUGUAAGGACUUUUUUUUAAAACAGAUUUGUACUGUU